GCAGGCGGUCCGAACGUCUGGGUACCCGGUUGCCUCAGGAGAAGCCGUAUCUCUACACGCGAUGCCCGCCCCGCCCUGCACCUCCUGCCACGCGGCACGAGCUGCCCUCCGCCGCCCGCGCUCAGGGCAGGCACUGUGUGGCGCCUGCUUCUGCGCCGCCUUUGAGGCCGAGGUGCUGCACACAGUGCUCGCGGGCCGCCUGCUGCCGCCCAACGCGGUGGUGGCUGUGGGCGCCUCAGGCGGCAAGGACUCCACCGUGCUCGCACACGUGCUGCGCGAGCUCUCUCCACGCCUGGGCAUCUCCCUGCAUCUCGUGGCUGUGGACGAGGGCAUUGGCGGCUACAGGGAUGCGGCGCUGGCGGCCGUGAAGCGCCAGGCAGCGCGCUGGGAGCUGCCGCUCACUAUCGUGGCCUACGCAGACCUUUUCGGGGGCUGGACGAUGGACGCCGUGGCCCGCAGCACUGCCGGCUCAGGCCGCAGCCGCUCCUGCUGCACCUUCUGCGGCGUGCUGCGGCGUAGAGCACUGGAGGAAGGGGCGCGCCGCGUGGGAGCCACGCACAUCGUGACUGGUCACAACGCAGACGAUAUGGCAGAGACAGUGCUCAUGAACUUCUUGCGGGGCGACGCGGGGCGGCUGGCCCGGGGCGGGGGCCUGGGCUCCCCGGGCGAGGGGGGUGCCCUGCCGCGCUGCCGCCCGCUGCAGUUCGCGUCGCAGAAGGAGGUGGUGCUAUACGCGCAUUUCCGCCGUCUCGACUACUUCUCGGAGGAGUGCGUCUACGCGCCCGAGGCCUUCCGCGGUCAUGCCCGCGACCUGCUCAAGCGCCUGGAGGCUGCACGGCCGUCGGCGGUGCUGGACCUCGUGCACUCGGCUGAGCGCCUGGCGCUGGUCCCGGCCGCCCGUCCUCCGCGCCCCGGUUCGUGCUCCCGCUGCGGGGCGCUGGCCAGCCGCGACCUCUGCCAGGCUUGCGCCCUCCUGGACGGCCUGAACCGCGGCCGGCCCCGCCUGGCCAUCGGCAAGGGCCGCCGGGGGCUGGGCGAGGAGGGGCCGCAGGGGGCGCCUGGGGAUCGGGCCCAACCCCCCGCCUCCGAGACUAUCCCCGCUUUCUAGCGGCUCCUCGUCUGUGGCUGAGAUCCCACGCCUCUCAGGAUUGGGGGCUGUCUGUAAAUAACACUGUAAAUAAACCAGCGUUACUUUG